AUGCCCGUCGUUACGCGCUCCCUUGUUCGUUCACUCGGCAAGGCCACGACCUCUCCGCAAGCGCCUCCGAGUCCCAAGAAACGCAAGGCUAAUUCGACAGCAAUCCUAGACUCCAAUAAACGGGCACGACGCAAUGGCAACGGUAGCAAGAAGGAAACCCCUUCAACAAACAACACUGAUGCGGGACCUUCGAGCGCAAGCAUUACGUUGAACUCGCUCGUGCCAGCUGUCCUUAGUUUUGAUUUCGAGUUGGCCAAGAAUCACCUGGUCAGCGUAGAUCGACGGUUUCAAGACUUAUUCCUCAAGAUGCAAUGUAAACCGUUCGAACACCUGGAGCAACUUGAUCCAUUUCGGUACGAUAAUUUGAACUUUCCCAAAUGCAGAGGUCAACAAAUUUCCUGGUUGGCAGCACGAUCAAUCACGCAUCGGUUCAUUAGGCUAUAUCACCCCUCCAUACCAGAAAAGCCAGACCACCAGAUGAUGAAAUCUUAUUUGCAUCUCUUCCCGACCCCACAGGACAUCGUUGAUACUGAUAUUGCCACUCUCAGAACAGCGGGACUCAGUGCACGCAAAGCAGAAUAUGUCAAGGAUCUGGCCUCACGAUUUGUAGACGGUAGAUUGUCCACAGAAAAGUUGCUGAAUGCCGACGACGACGACUUGUACAGUAUCCUUAUUGAAGUCAGGGGCAUUGGAAGAUGGACAGUCGACAUGUUUGCCAUAUUUUCACUCCGGCGUCCCGAUAUCCUUCCUGUGGGUGAUCUGGGUGUCCAGCGGGGUUUGGUCCGUUGGUUUUUAUCCCUCCAUUUGCCAACGCACCUCUUCGCACUAUCACCUGAAAAGGUAUCUGGUCAGGGAAAAUCCAUAGAGGCAACUUUGAACCUGUCUGCCUCCGAAAGUGAUGAUGCGCUGCCUGAGGUGGUGGAUGCUGCAUAUAAAUCUAGAGCGGUCGAAGACGUCGCUACAGGUGACGGGACCCCUAUAUCUGAGGAUGAAGACGUUGAUCUCCCUGCUGUGCCUCCUCCUUUCACACCCUCUAUUCACAAGACACUUAAUCGUUCCACUUCCACGGAACGUCUCCCUCUUCCUGAAGGAUUAACCGUUGCCACGCUGAAGAGCAGGCUCGAGGGAAAGAAAAAGAUCAGAGGGGCGUUUCUAACUCCACAAGAAAUGGCAGCACUGACAGAGCGCUGGAAACCCUACAGAAGCUUAGGUGUCUAUUACAUGUGGUCUCUAGCCGCCGCAGAAUAA